AGAGUAUAUAAAAGCUGCAAUUACUACUCCAUAUGAUAUACUAAGCGAAAAGAAAAGAACCGAAGGAGAGAGAGAGAUAAUAUGGAGGCGGAGACAAGUGCAGCCCCUACUCUGGCAAGUGCAGCUCCUGUGACGGAGGAGACUAAGAAGAAGAUGAUAAUGGUGGCUAUAGAUGAGAGUGAAGAGAGUUUAUAUGCUCUAAAGUGGGCAUUGGAUCACUUGCUCACCGAUCCUUCUUCUUCUACCAUCAUCACUUUGAUUAAUGUCCAACCUUUUUUUGCCCCCAUGGUUUAUCCUGCUGGACCUGUUGUGUUUGCAGCGCCUACUGUAGUUGAAGCCGUGAAAAAAGCACAACACGAGAAUGCAACUAGAAUACUCUCUCGGGCACUCCAUCUCUGCAAACAAAAAAUGGGAGCAGCAAAAAGCCCAAGUUAUAAAAGGCACAGGCGGAGACACUGGUCCUUGAAGGGGACCCAAAAGAUAAGAUAUGUCAAACUGCUGAUGAAUUGCACGUUGACCUUCUAGUGGUGGGUAGCCGAGGGUUCGGCAAGAUCAAAAGGUAAUAUUUAUUUUCCCAAAUUUUGAGGCAAACAACAGUGGCAUUACAUGAUUGGAGUAGGGCAGUUUCCCUUAGAUUGGAAACAUUGCGUUUUACUCUUGUUUUUUUACAUGCUUCGAAGUUUUGCAGAUUUAAUUUGUUAAAAAAAAGUAUUAUGAGUGGAAUCACUGAUAAACGACAUCUUCUAAUAAUGUAAAUGUUUUGGUAAAGUGAAGAUUUU